AUGGUCAGAACCGUGCCCGUGAAGGAAUAUCAUGGGCUCGACUUACCUCCGGAAUUCUCGCCAUGUCAUUUCGAUCACAAGACCCCGUUCGCAUCGCACCCUCCACUAGGAGGAUGGCAAGCGUUGAGUGGGCCGGGAAAUGUACACUCCGCUGUAGAAUACAGCUUGAUCUUUGUUGUAGACAGACAUGCUAAGAAGGUCUUGCUCGGUUACAAACGACGCGGUAUGGGUGUCAACCUAUACAACGGUUUUGGCGGCAAAGCGGAACCUGGUGAAAGCAUGGCAGAAUGCGCAGCACGUGAGCUAGAAGAAGAAUCUGGUCUUACCGCGACCGAAGAGGGACUUUAUUAUAAGGGAUACCUUUAUAGCUCACGACCGAUAUCUGCGGAUCUUUGCGAUGGUAGCGUGGUGAUCAGAAUCCACUUUUUCGCUUGCGUAGCUUGGUCGGGCCAACCAACCGGAACCGAAGAGAUGAUUCCUGAGUGGUUCGAGAUACCUACUGUAGACUCAAUCGCCGAGGAAGAUCACCAUCGCAACCUUUCGUUGCCUCUUAACAGAAUGUGGCCGGAAGCAUCGUUCUAUCUGUUACCUCUCCUACACAAUAUCAUGAACGAUAAUCGCAACGAAGUGAUGUUUGCUCGUAUCGAUUACUGUUAUCUGUCUUCGCUUGCUGCCCCAACCAACUUGUCGGCUCUCGAUGGUCUGACCUUGCGGGAAAAGAGGUCGGGUACCGAUUGCGAAGACGAAGACGUAGCAGAGCGAUUAAGUGGUUGGUGGAUGAGCUUCGCACCAAUACAAGCGCUGUCGAUGAUCAAUCACUAG